UGUUGAAACAUGCUCUCAGAAAACAAUGGCAGACAGAGAAAAUCAAAAACUGAAGCAAGAGAAUAUGGGUGAAACUCAAAAACCAAAGCCAGAAAAGACGGAAGGAAAUCAAAAAUUGAAUCAAGAAAAGGUGAAAGAAAAUAAAAAACCAAAACAAAAGAUGGUGGAAGAAAGUCAAAAACGGAAUAAUGAAAAGGCUCACGAAAUAGCGAAUUGUACGUUGAUGAUACUCACAGGAGCAAUAAUGGUUGUUGCAGUGGUCUUGGUAUCUUCGUGUGAUGUUACGAAAUGUAUCAAAUCCUGUGAUCUCAAGGAAGCCGUGGAAUACCUACGCCUAAAUUUUACUGUAUCUUGUAAAUAUGAAAAUUCUAAGAACAUCAAACAGAUCUGGAAAAUUGGGAUAUCAGCACUUGUCCUGGAUUUCGUAUUUCUGUUUCUGAGCCUGAUUUUAUUGAUGGUUCCUGGUGAAAGACAAAGAACAGGAUAUAUAGCUUGUUAUUUCGUGCUGGCCAUACAACCCCUUGUGUUAUCAGUUUUGCUUUUUCUCCGGUACAACAAUAUCGUCGAUUCCAAAACGACUAAAACGGAUACGGAUUAUGGAGAACUGAAGCGUGUAAUGAUUCAAUCACUCACAGACAAUUUUACUUCGGAUGUUAUAAGCAUCAACGAUAGUACUUCCGACCGUUGGAACAACUUCUUUAUCAAGUACGAUUGUUGUGCUGUUAACCAAGUCACUAGCACCACCAAUGAUUUUGACACGACCCCUUGGUGUACAACAUCUGGUUCCUGUCAACAGACGAAUUAUCAAAUUCCAAAAUCUUGUUGUAAAGCAUAUACAGUUGAUGAUUAUGAAGAGGCACCACCCAGUUGUCAUGCUACUGUCACUGACAAUACCUAUAAAGAUAGCUGUUUUUCUCGUGUUAAGAUGUUGGAUGACUUUGCCAUAACAGAUAACCAGAUUGAUGUUAUAGCUACCAUUUCCUUAACCUUCGGGAUUCUGAAAGCUGGUGAGGUCAUCCUGGCUGUUGGAAUAGCUUUGGGGCUUUGCAUUUGUAAGAAAACUGAAAACUAUAAAACAAACCACAGUGAUCAAUGUUAAGAUGCAUUUCCAAAGGAGAUUCAACAAACCACAUGACAAAUUGUUAGAUGAGAUUCUACCUUAGAAAUAUAGCUUUCAAUCAUCAAACCAGACUACUUUUUGAAAGGAUGCGAUCCUAACAGACAAUUUUAGCUUUAAAUAAUCAAACCACACUACCUUUUGUAAGGAUGCAAUCCUAAGGAAGGAAUUAUAGC